UAUAAGUUGUUCGGUUAGUUUCAAUAGAAUUUUUAUGUGAAAUUUCCUAAAAAUAUAAAAGAAAAAUACUAUUUUAUGAUGUAAAAAUGAGAGACACUCUGACUUUUUACAUUAUUUCUAACAUAUAAAAAUACACUUCAUAGUUUUUCCCAUAUUUAUUGAGAAAACUCUUCUAUUGUAUGUUUAGCUAAUAUUUUAGUUAGUCACUGUGAAAAAUGGCGGAAGCAGCGUCAGGGGACAUAGCCAUAGGAGCCACGCUCAACCAUAUUUCCAGAGAAUCCACUGAUAUUAGGCGCCUCGCUAAUUUCUACAAACAGAUAUUUGGGUUCGAAGAGAUUGAGUCUCCAAAUUUUGGGGAUUUUAAGGUGAUAUGGCUGAAUCUUCCUUCAGCUUUCGCUCUUCACCUCAUCGAGAGAGACCCCACCACCAAGCUUCCCGAAGGCCCAUGGAGUGCCACGUCACCUGUCGCCGACCCUAGCCAUAUUCGCAGGGGUCACCAUAUCUGCUUCUCCGUCUCCAAUUUUGAAUCUUUUGUCCAAACUCUCAAGGAAAAGGGUAUUGAGAAUUUUGAGAGUUCUGUACCCAACCGUGGAGUCAAGCAAGUAUUCUUCUUUGACCCAGAUGGGAAUGGUUUGGAGGUUGCUAGUCUCCCACCACAGCAAUAAACUUAGUCAAGAAAAUUUAAUGAAGAUGAGGACAUUAUCACUGUCCUAGUUCUGAUGUUGAUGCACUAUAGUCUAUAGCUUAUGCUUUCUGUGGUCUGUUUUUAGCUUACCCUUACAAAGGGGUUGUUUUUUCAUUGUUAUGUAACUAUAGAGAAAAUAAUGAAUGCAUUACAUGUUCUGUAAAGAAGUAAACUUCAAAUAUCUCUUGGUUCCUUAAGGUUUUUUCAUAUAACAAUCGAUCAUGCUUUUUG